CCUCUCACUGCCAUCAUAACGAAUUGUCACUUUGUAUUUACCAACAAACCACAACAGCUGCGUUCGCGAUCAGUUUCUGCCGUUUUUCGCCUGGAUGUCGGAUAAUUUUACGACUUCAUUUGAUUUGUAUGGUCUAAUUUAUUAACUAAAUUGUUAGAAAAUGAAUUCCUGUCGCUUAUGCUUGCAACCGUGCCUGAGCAAUAGACGUUUGAUGGAUCGAACCUUCCUCGAAAUGGCACAGGACAUAUUUUGUGUGAUGAUUGAAGUGUCCCAGAAAAAUACUUCCGUCACGACUUGCGAUUCAUGCCAUCGUAAGAUCAAUAAAUAUUAUGAGUUCAAGCAUAAAUCCCGGCAGCGAGAGCAGGAUCGUACUUUGAACAGGAAUCGACCGCCUAGCAUUGGAUUUUCAGUUCUGAAGAAUCGUGCCAAUGUUGGAUCAACCGAAUGUUACAUCGGAGGUGCUGCGAAACCUCCGAAAUGGUAUGGGAAUCAAGACUCGGACGACGACGGUAUCGCUCCGCUGGAGUUUAAUGAGCCGAAAAGAAAGACCACAGCGAAACGAGCGUUGAUAAGAUUCACUAAAGAGCAACUGGCCACUCGCACGAAGAAGGAACUUUACGACGAACGGCGCAAGGUAAUCUGCGAACAGUGUGGCAAACUGGUGCCGGAUGUUCGAAUGGAAAGCCACAGGAACGACCAUUUGGGAUUAAAACCGUAUGUCUGUGCGGAACCCGAUUGUGGAAUGGCGUUUCGAUGCGGAAGGGAUUGCCGUAGUCAUUAUAGACGGAUCCAUUCUAACGAGGAAUAUCCUUGUGAGAUAUGUGGAAAGAUUCUCAAGAGUCGAUUAUCGUUGAAGUCUCAUUCCUAUUCGCAUCGGGAGAAGGAACUGAAGUGUGAAGUUUGCGGGAUGAUGAUUCUAAAUAAAUCGCGACUCGAAUUACACAUGCGGGUGCAUACGCAGAAGCGGGACUUCAAGUGUCCCCACUGUCCCAAAUCGUUCUACGUUAAUGCGGUGCUCAAGCUGCAUCUGCGCAGGCACUCGGGUGAAAAGCCCUACGUGUGCCACAUCUGCCAGUUUUCCAACUCACACCGAGUGCUGUACGUGAAGCACAUGAGGCGAUUCCACCCGGGAGAGGAAAUAUACAAGCUAACUGAUAUGCUGAAAAUUCAAAAUAAAACUUUGUCCAAGUGAAUGUUUAAUUUCAAA